ACACAAUCGUAACAUACUCGAAUCUCUUGAAGAUGAACAAGAAGUUGUGUAUUCUACUGGUGCUUACCGUUCUCUGUUCGGCAACAUUUGCCGGCAAGAGCAAGGAAUCGUCUAAGGAAAAAUCAAAAGAAAAAUCUAAGGAAAAUUCCGGUUCAAAAGAGAGCGCUUCGAAUGAGAGUUCUUCAAAGGAGGUAACCAGUACGGAAUCACCCGCAACAACAACGGCCUCCUCAAGUGACAGAUGUGCUGGACAACCCGAUGGAACCAUUCUACCAUCUUUAACGACCUGUGCUAACUUUGUCACUUGCCAGGGAGAAGUCGAGGCUUCUGAAGCUACCUGUGUACCGAGUGGUACCAUCUUUGAUUCAUCUAGAGGAGUGUGCGAUUACGAACCAAAUGUGGUAUGUACCGUAGAAGGCGAAACUUCUACCACGGUCACUGAACCAUCAACGGAAGUACCGACAACUGGUCCCGAACCUACGCAAAACGAACUGAAGGGUAUGUGCAAAGGUGUUAUCAUUGACAUGAUUGCUCACCCUGGUAACUGCAACAAGUUCAUAAUUUGUGUACUGGGCAAACCAAAUAUCCAAUCUUGUGGAAAGAAUGAAGUAUUCUACUCUGAUAUUAAGCUAUGCGCUUUUGGUAAUCCCAAAAAAUGUUGAACAACAUACUAACAUUACCUCAGAUUCCAAUCGGUAAAUAAAGCAUGCAUUGAAAUGAAAUUUAA